AUGAAAGAUUUGAGUUUGCUUAGCUACUUCCUCAGCUUGGAAAUUUCUCAUGAUCAUUCUAGUUACUUGCUUAUCCAUGCCAAGUAUACCUCUAAUCUCUUGGCUCGUGCUGGUCUUACUGAUGGCAAGACUACUUCUACCCCAAUUGUUCCUCAGACUUGUCUCAUACCUCUUGACAGUCACCUGUUGUUUGAUGCUACUUUAUAUCGUCAGCUAGUUGACAGUCUAGUCUGUCUCAUGGUUAUUCGUCCAAACAUUGCCUAUGAUGUUCACAUUGUUAAUCAGUUCAUGGAUGUUCCUCGAUCUCCGCACUAUGAUGCUUUGGUUCGCAUUUUGCGCUAUCUUAAAGGAACUAUGUUUCAUGAUCUUUACUACACAACACACUCUUCUUUACACAAGAAGAAAACUCUUAUUGCUCAUUCUAGUAGUGAGGCUGAGUAUCGUGCCCUUGGUGAUACUACUCAAGAGCUUGUAUAG